UCUCAAAAAACAUACCUCAUGUCUUGACAUGGUCCCAGCACCUACUCCUUAAUAAACUUCUUCUCAUUUUAUGCAAAAAUCACCCAACUUUCAUUUGCACCAAAGUCAUAACAAAAGUCUUUGUUUUCAAACAAUUCAUUCAUUGCAAGGUUAGCUGAUGUGCAUGUGCCCUUAUGCAGCAGGGAAAAUGUUUACCAGAUCAUACACAUUUACACAUACAUAAAUUAAUCAAGAGCCUAGGGGACAGAACCACACUUAAGAUCCAAGAGAUUUUAUUUUAAAGUAUUAAAGAACAUUAGUGCUUCUACUUUAAUGGGGUCUGAUUAGCUUUGUUAUUAUUGUCAUCUGUCAGUUCUGUCCUUUGCAGUUUGGCCUGAUUUGUUCUGGUCUGCUCUCAGUGCUUACAUUAAUACAAGACUGCAAGGCUUUCUUCUUCUAGUGAGUUCUUAGUGUCAUUACUCUUCUUGUUUUGGAUUAAUUAUGGAAAGGUUGAAACUUUGGCAAUUCUGAAACAAGGGUCAGGAGAAUUUCAAGAAGAGAGAGCUAUGAUGAAGCAUAAUUCAGCAAUGAAGAAUGAAGAAGAGACUUUGAGUGUUUCAAUCUCCACACCCCCACCAAGGUUUAGAGUUUCUGGUUCAUCUAAGUCCAAGAAUUUGCAGAAGACUGAGGUUUUGAAUGGCGGGGUUUCGGUAUCUUGUUCACCUCAAUCAAGAAGAGCUAAUUCAGUGCCUCCUAGAGAUGCUGUUCAGAAUGGUAGUAGUAGCCAAAAGAUGAUUAGGAGGUCAAUUUUGAAUAACAGGCCUAAAUCUGGAGAAGGGUGUGUUUCUGGGUCUCAAGGUGGUAGAGAAUUUGAAGAGAUUAAGGUUGUGCAUAGGUCUGUCAGCCGAGGUGUUGUUGAGUCGUAUGCUCGACCUAACAAAAACACGAAAAAGAGGAGUGAUAUAGAUAUGGUAGAUGUGAAGAAGGUACUUGAGGAAAAGCUUGACCAAAAGGAGAUUUUGAUUAGGGAGUUGCAGUCUGAGGUAUUGGAAUUGAAGGCAGAGUUAGGUAGAUCACAGAGCUUGAAUGCUGAGCUUCAAUCACGAAACAAGAAGCUCUCCGAUGACCUUGCUUUAGCUGAAGCUAAGAAUACUGACCUAACUACUACCAAGGAGAAGGAUUUGGUUGCAGAAAUUCCCAGUUCCAAAUUCAAGGACAUUCAGAAACUAAUUGCCAACAAGCUGGAAAGUUCGAUGGCUAAAAAGGAUAGUGUCAUUGAAACGAGUACUAAAAUCGCCCCAACAGCUGCAACAAGAAGUCCAGGGGCUGGCAUUGCAAAUGUACAACCAAAAUUUUAUGAUUGCCCUUCUAACCUGCCACCGCCACCUCCUCCACCCCUGCCACCACGGCGAGCUGCUAAAGCAGCUUCCCCCAGAAAGGCUUCUCCAGUCGUAGAAAUGUUCCAGGCCUUGACAACAAAAAAGGGUAAAAACCCUUCAGUGGGUGGAAAUUACAGUAAACAGAUUGCUAGUAGUGCACAUAACAGCAUUGUUGGAGAAAUACAAAAUCGUUCAGCACAUCUGUUAGCUAUAAAAUCAGACAUCGAAACCAGAGGAGAGUUUAUAGAAAGCCUCAUCCAGAAAGUCCUGGCUGCUGCCUAUCAAGACAUCGAAGAUGUUCUUCAGUUUGUGGAUUGGCUUGACAACGAACUCUCAUCACUGGCUGAUGAGCGAGCAGUACUGAGGCAUUUCCAGUGGCCUGAGAAGAAAGCCGAUGCCAUGAGAGAAGCUGCAAUUGAGUAUCGGAGUCUUAAACUGUUAGAAACCGAAGUUUAUUCCUACAAGGAUGAUACAACUGUUCCAUGUGGAACUGCCUUGAAGAAGAUGGCCGGCUUACUAGAUAAGUCAGAGCGGAGCAUACAGAGACUAAUCAAACUGCGUAACUCAGUCAUGGCAACUUACAAGAACCACAAGAUACCAACUGACUGGAUGCUGGACUCCGGGACUGUUGCCAAGAUAAAGCAGGCUUCAAGAAUGCUUGCGAAGAUGUAUAUGAAGCGGGUCAUCUUAGAGCUAGAGUCCUUUCGAUACUCAGAAAGAGAAUCAACACAAGAAGCAUUUCUGCUUCAGGGUGUGCAUUUCGCAUAUAGGGCUCACCAGUUCUCAGGAGGUCUAGAUUCAGAAACCCUGUGUGCCUUCGAAGAGAUCAGGCAGCGCGUUCCAGGGCAUCUGCAGAGUUCUCGAGAAAUCUUUUCUGCAAUACCAUUGUCAUAAAGGGAAGGUGAUAAAUCCUUGUAAAUGCAAAUAAUGCACCCUGUCAUUAGUAUCACUGCAUUUCCCUUUGCCAUGAUCAGAAGAUUGUGAAAGAGCUUGCAGACAGAGAUCAACCAUAUGGAAAAUGAAAAGAUAGACCAAUGUUGCAAUAAAUAUUACAUUAUUAUCCUUCUUUUUCAUAUGAAUAACAAUAAAAUUUUGAUAUAGACUGUCAAUGUAAUAUAAUCUAAAUGCUGUAAUAGUUCUUCCAUAUUAACUUUAGUUCUCAUAUGACUAAAA